AUGCAGUCUCAAGAUGACCUUGCAACCCUUUUCUCCCGUAACCUGACCUUCAACCCCGAGGUCCAGAGCCAAGUGCAGCCCCCCAAGCCCGAUGAGCAGCUCCAUCAGACCUCCGACCCCGCCCCCGCCAAUCCCGCAUCAACUCCGGCACCCAUCAUCUACUCCAUCACCCAGCACUACACUCACUCCGCACACAUCGCUCGUCAGCAACAAGCCCCGGACGUCCCCGUUCAGCGUCCCUCAUCCGAACCCCCCCAGACCGAGCAGUUGACUCCCGAGAUCGUCCUCAGCCAGCAUGGCAUCAACCCUUCUGUUUUGUCCCCUUCUCAGAUCCAGCUUUUCCGAAUCUCUGAGGAGCCCCAUCAGCUGCGCCUGAUCGAAAUCUGGCGUGCUGCGCCGCCCGCCUCGAGCACAGACAACCCCUCGCUCGCAUGGACUAGCACAACCCUCGAGCAAGAGGAGCAGCUUGCGAAGCUACGGUACGAGCGGAUGGAGGCGGAGAAUGAGCAGCAACAGCAGCAACAGCACCAGCAAAACGCCGUCAUGAGCCUUGACGGCACCCAAGUUCAGUCUGACGACAGUCGCUGGCUGGCGAGCUCCAUUUCCCAUCAAGUCGAGCCCUACAUGAUGUCUGGCUACGAAGAGAUGAUGCGCCGCGAGUACGAGCGGGAGCAGGUCGAGGCCCGUUCCAACGACAACUACGCCCACUAUGGCUCCGCCGUCGGCGGUUACAAGCCGGCUACCGACCCCGUCUACAAGGGGUUCGGCGACGACUGGGCCAAGGAGCAAGCGAUCCAGAUGCAGAUGCAGAUGGAGAACCAGUACGGCGCUUUCCAGCACUUUGGUGGCCAGGCCGGCAACAUGGAGGCCAUGGAGAUUUUGUGA